AUGCCCGUUGUUGAUGCCGUGUACAGUGCAGAAAUUCGAAAAGCUCGUCGAGACUUACAUCAUCUGAUCUCUAGCAAAAGUUGUGCCCCGAUCAUGCUCCGUUUAGCAUUUCAUGAUGCUGCAACUUAUUGCAAGGAGACGCAGACGGGAGGUCCAAAUGGCUCCAUUAGGAAGCCGGAAGAGUUUGAACAAAGCGUUAACAAAGGACUGAAAACUGCCAUUGACUUUUGCGAACAAAUAAAGUUAAAGCAUCCAAUAAUUUCAUAUGCUGACAUUUAUCAGCUUGCGGGUGUCGUUGCUGUUGAGGUCGCCGGUGGUCCUACCAUUGAAUUUAUUCCUGGUAGAAAGGUUCUUUUCAUUACUUCUCCAUCGGUAAAAUGA